UGGAGGGAGCAGGAGGAGAAGGAGUGGCAGCACAGGAGGGCCGAGAAGAAAUUGCUGGCCUUCUGGAUGUCCUUGUCCUACAGGACCUGGACCUUCUUCAGGCCCCGCGAGAGACCGGGCUUCCAGCGCUCCGCCUCGGCUGCCCGGCUGCUCAAGAGUGAGGCGUGAGGAGGAAGUGUGUGUGUGUGGAUGGAGGGAGUGUGUGUGUGUGUGUGUGCAUGAGGGUCUGUCAGUGGCAGAGUGUUAGAAGAGGCCUAACAGACCUGCUGUCAAGUGUGUGUGUGUGUGUGUGAGUGUGUGUGUGUGUGUGCACUUCAUUCAAGUGGAUGAAAGGUUCCAUUCCUCUGUCUCGUCCACCAUUUGCACAAGUACUUUGUGUUGCUGCCACUACUGGAGCGACAGGUGAAGUUUAAAACAAGCUUGUUGAAUUCAUUCUUUGCAGCAUUUUCCUUUUUUUUUUUUUUUUUUGGAAACCUACUUGGAAAAAAAAGGUGUUUUCAGCCAAGAACCUGUGACUUAACGAAAAGCCUUGAUUGGGUUUUUAGGUGAAGAGAACUUGGAAACAGUCAAAAAAAGGAAAUAUUGAAGUUGACUCGGUAGCUCAGAGGAGCUCUUCUUCCACCCCCGACACCUCGACAUGGGUUAACAGGGAUCAGACAUGGUGGUGACCCAUCUGGCUCUGGAGCUGCGUUUCCAGGGGAAGAAGCUGAGGGGCUUCACGUGCAAACUGACCCGCUCGGCCCACGGCUUCCUGUCAGAGAAAUCGUGGAUCAUUGCGGCCCAGAUUCUGCUGCCGUACCUGGUGUCCGGCCUGGGCAUGGUGGCAGCCGGGAUAGUCAUGGAUGUAGUGCAACACUGGGAGGUGUUCAGGGAGAUCUCAGAGGUGUUUAUCUUGGUGCCAGCCCUGGUGGGGCUGAAGGGGAAUCUGGAGAUGACACUGGCAUCCAGACUGUCAACAGCAGCCAACACAGGGCAGAUGGAUGAGGCCCAGCAGCAGUGGAGGAUGGUGUUCUGUAAUCUGGCUCUCAUUCAGGUUCAGGCCACAGUUGUGGGAUUCCUGGCAGCGGUCUCAGCCGUGGGUCUCGGAGGUCUGACCAGGGGAAGAGUGGAUGUUGUCCAGGCGGCUGUCCUGUGUGCCAGCAGUGUCACCACUGCUUUCGUUGCUGCACUCUCUCUAGGUCUGGUGAUGGUGGCGGUGAUCAUUGGCUCCAGGCGAGCGGGAAUCAACCCCGACAACGUGGCCACGCCUAUAGCCGCCAGCCUCGGAGACCUCAUCACUCUGUCUGUGCUCGCUGGAGUCAGCAGCCUCUUCUUCUGCUACAGAGACAUGUGGUACCUGCCUGCUGUGGUAUGUGGCUUCUUUCUGCUCCUUAUCCCAGCGUGGGUCGCUAUUGCCAGCCACUCGCCACCAAUCAGAGAGGUCCUAAAGUCAGGCUGGCAGCCUGUCAUUUUGGCAAUGGCCAUCAGCAGUAUCGGUGGUCUGAUUCUGGAUAAAACUGUGAGCAAUCCACACUUUGAAGGAAUGGCAGUGUUCACUCCAGUCAUCAACGGUGUAGGGGGAAAUCUCGUGGCCAUCCAGGCCAGCAGGAUGUCGACCUACCUCCACUACUGGAGCGUCCCUGGAGCUCUUCCAUCUAAAAUGAGUGACAACUGUCCAGGACCGUGUGCUGCGUUCUGCUCUUCAG